AUGUCGCUCGAGAAUCUAUUGCCGCUGGAACUCAUCGACAAGUGCGUUGGUUCGCAGAUCUGGGUCAUUAUGAAUGGCGGAAAAGAAUUCACGGGCAAACUGGUUGGAUUCGACGACUACGUCAACAUGGUGCUGGAGAACGUGACAGAGAUUGACCCGGCUGAGGGAAAUGUGCAGCUACCCAAGAUCCUGCUCAACGGCAACAACAUCUGCAUGAUGGUUCCCGGAGGAGAUGGCCAAACGGUGCUAGAGGAGGAGUAG